CACACCAACCAUGCCGGCAAAAGCGCGCAAGUUCGCGCAGCUCUCCCCUCAAAAGACGCGGCAAUCGCCCGCAAAGUAUGUCAAGCUCACUGAAGUCGACGAUGCAGAAGAGCGACGCGAAAGAACCGCGUCUAAACUCGCCAAGACACAGCAACGGACACAAUCCAUCUUGAAUGAAUAUGUUGGCCCAGCAGGCGCGUCAUCGCCGUCCUCACGGAGACUAUCAGGCUUCAAUCCAGACGGAACUGUCUCUGCUAUGCCAAGAAUGCCUAUUCUUGCCAAUUUCGAGGAGUGGAUGAAGUUGGCGACAGACAAUAAAAUCAAUGCUGGCAACUCGUGGAAUUUCGCGCUGAUUGAUUACUUUCAUGAGAUGUCUCUGCUGAAGGAUGGCGACAACAUUAACUUCCAAAAGGCCAGUGUCACGCUGGAUGGGUGUGUCAAGAUUUACACGAAUCGCGUUGAUUCCGUUGCUACAGAGACUGGCAAGCUUCUUUCUGGCUUGUCAUCCGGCAAACAAGCCGCCGAAUCGGCUGAUGCAGACGGUGAUGGUGAAGAUGAGGAUGCCGAUGAGGAUGAAGAAGGUGCCGCGCGUAAAGUCAAGAAGAAGGCCAAGUCUUCAGGCGGUAGCACACUCGUCAAGGACUUUAGCGCAAUUCAAGCAAAGAAGCUUGAUAUGGAGUUCUUUGUUGAUCCACUCUUCAAAAAGACAUCUGCGGAAUUCGACGAAGGUGGUGCAAAGGGUCUAUUGCUCAAUCACUUGAGCGUCGACCGCAAUGGUCGUAUCAUCUUUGAUGCAUCAGACGCGUCAGAUGAAGUGGUGGAAGAAACGGAUGACCAAGUCUAUGAUGUGGAUCUAAACGCACUCGGCCAGAAGUUCUUUCCAGAGCUGUUCGGCCAUGAAGGCGACUCGACUGCCGAUGCACUCGCUGAUCUCCACCUCUGUCCAUCCCUCAAGGGCUUCACAACAGACUCGACAGUCCUUGACAUUCCCCUUCUUGCAAGUCUCGCAAGCGAGGCAGGACAGCAUGCAAUAGACAGUGACGCAAACGAACCUGAUCAUGACUAUGGUGAUGGCGGCUACGAUGACGGCUUUGAUGGCAAUGAUGGCAUUUCUGGCAUUGUCGAUGUCUAUGAUACAAACGAAGAAGCUGAAUUUGGUCAAGUCAAUGAAGUCUUUUCUGAACAACUCACACAUAAUAUGCCGGGUCGGAUGCAAGCAACAAGCGAAACAGCCGUCUCUCAUACAGGCCAAUCGGAUCAGCAUCACAUGUAUGCACAAUUCGACGACAUGUUCAGCAAAAAUUGGGCUGGACCUGCACACUGGAAGAUUGCGCGACUCCAAGCUCAGAGCAGUGCUGCAGCAACGGGUAGUGUGGUCAAGAAACCACGCAAGGAGAAAGAAGUCACGACGGUUGACUUUCUCACUGCCGAGGGCGAGGUGGAUGAAGAGGUCAUUUUCACGUCAGGUGGUGCGACGACCAUGCUACCGAAAACGCAAUGGUCUAGCAAGACGCGAAAUCUAUUACCAGAAGACAAGCACUUCAACUCAGAAGCCCUGUUGAGCCUAUUUAUGAAGCCACAAGCCAAAUUGUCCGCUAGGCAAACGAUGCAACCAGCAGCAGAAGGUGAGUUUGUGGAUAUGGACGAGAACUUUUGGGCGCAAAGUGGACAGGAACCCGUACAACAAGGACAAGCGUUUGAUGCGAAUUUCUUCCAGGACGGCGAAGAUGCUGGCCUUGGUGAGAUGCAUGGCCACUACGAUGACGAUGACGAUGGUGGUGAUGCAUUUGCUGAUGCAAAAGAGGAUUUUGGACCCACGCCAGAGCCAUUCUUGCAGGACGGUGAGCCUGGUGCAACGCAGCUGAGUGAUGCUGCCGACUUUGGCAGUCAGUUGCAAGCACUAGGGAAACGCUCAAAGCCAGAGUACGUCAAUUUCGCACGCACGGCAAAGAAAGUGGAUGUGCAUGUCCUUAAGACCAAUAUUUGGGACAAACUUGAGCUUGUUGGUGCAGAUGAGACGCCUGCACCUGUUGACAAGCGAAAGACGACAUCAGAGAGUGCAGUGGUAGGGGAGGAACGCAAGUUUACAGAGAUUGUGCAGUCCCUGACAUCUGUCUACCCGGAACGCCAGAUGUCUGACAUUUCAACCAGCUUCUGCUUCAUCUGUUUGCUGCACCUUGCCAACGAGAAGGGCCUCGAGAUUGUGGGCGAGGAAGGGAUGCGGGAGCUGACUGUCCGACGUGACGAGACUGUUCAGAUGGUGGAGGCCGUGUAGAUUGGCUCGAAGCAGCCUUGCCGGUGUAUCAUAUUGUAAGAUCCAUGUUCUAUGUGAAUGAACAGAGCUGUGCUU